UCACAUGAACACACACUUCCCCUCCUACAUGCAUGCCACCAGCCACUGUUGUCUCUCCGGCAGAGAGGAGAAAGUUGAUGCAAAUUCCGAGUAAUCUCCAGGAGCUUUCAGACACCCGAGCAAGCCCAGGUUUCUUCUGUUCUCUCCUCCACAUUUACUCUGUUUCACUCACAUACACCCACCAGCCAUCACUGCUGGUACUGUAGAGGGAAGAAAAAACCCGAAGAGGACUGUUACAGAUCUUUAUACCCAGCUGCUCACCUAGCCAUCACCAGACAAUUUGGCAAAGAUGUGGACUUUUCUUGUAGGGGUAAUUUUUGGAAUACUGGCCUCUGGCAAUUCAAAGCCACUUCAAGUUAACUCUCGCACCUGCAGCUAUGCAGGUGUUUUUCUGGUUGAGGGAGAGAGUCGUUACUAUCUGACUUUUGAAAUGGCCAUGAAAGUCUGUGAGCAGCUGGAGAGCACAAUGGCAAGUCCAGCGCAAGUCCAGGAGGCCUAUAACAACAGCAUGGAAACUUGCAGGUACGGUUGGAUCAACAAUGGGAGCAGUGUCAUUCUCAGGCAUACUCAGCAUGAAAACUGUGCAAAGAACAAGACUGGGUUUAUUGUUAACUCAUAUACUGGAGAUCAUUUUGAUGCUCACUGUUAUGACAAAAAUGAUAGUGCUCAGAAGAACUGCAGCAAAGCUUUCCAGGAAAACAGAGUUUUACUCUCAGAUACAACAGCUCUGACAUCACCACAGCCUCUGACUGAUGGCACAAUAGAGUCAGAAACAAGCUCACCGGAGGGCUUGAUAAAUGCUCCAACACCUGCAAGUACACCCGACGAUCUGAGUAAAGAUGAUUUCACUAUGGUUCCUGAGGAGGGAAACCCCACUGGAGGAAGCAAUGUCACUUCCACUUUCACUACAAUGGAGCCAGACCCACGUGAUGGAUCUGGGAUGGAGUCAGCUCAACAAGAGGAAAAAACAACUCCAGUGAUCAACGCUGAAACAACAACAUCGAGUGAAAAGAGACCUAUUGAAACAUUGGAGCCCACUGAUGCCAAACCGAAUAGUGGAGGAAGAAAAUCAUUGAAUCCGGAAAAUGAUAUAGAGAAUCAAAAAGACAGCAGCUCAUCAGACUGGCUGGUAGUUAUUGGUGUUAUUGUAGCAGUUGGUGCAAUUCUCCUUGUGUGUGCAGCUGUCGCCAGGAGAAACGGGUGGUGUGGCAGAAAGCAAACGCUGAAUAUCACAAUCAAAGAGAGCAGCGAUGACAAUGGGGUCGCAGCUGCAGCAUGCAGCUCCCGCAACCCGGAGAGAGAACAGGAGAUGGUGACGCUCAUGAACAAGGAGACCAUCCAGGAGAACGGCAAUACGGAGGAGUUCACUGUCAUCACGUUAGAGCAGUCUCCGGAUAAAGACGAGCAGGCCUGAGAGUUGGGCAGGAAAGAGCUGGGGAAGUUGGGGGAAGACUUUUGAGAGGAUAAAAGAGUUGGAGGGUGUUGGCGGCUUGUAGUGGAUGGGCACUGAGUAAGAGCAUUUGAAUGUGUCAUAACGUAUCAUUCUGUGUUCAACUAAAGUACAAAGGUUUGCACAAAAGCUUUUUAAAGAGGCUAAGCAUUUCAGAUCAGUGUGCAAGAAUGAGAGAUUUAGAACAAAAUAUCAGAAUAUGUUUAUUUUCCGUUCACGUUAAUUACUGUGUGUGCUAUUUUUAAUUAUUGAUUAUGGGGAGUUCUGUUCUAAGAGUGGGUGAAAAGCUUUUUGUUAAAUUUGAUGACUGUAAAAUUCUAGCAAUUAAUCUUAACCGGAAAAAAGAAAUAAACUGUCAUUUUCGUUUUGUUAUAUUUUAUUUAAGAGAGAAAGAAAAAAAAACUUCCUUUAUUUCUUUAUUUUCCUGUUUUUCCUUUCUGCACAUAUUUCAGACAUGUCCACUUGUCUGUAAUUGUUGCUUUAAGAAAACUGGGGAUGCAUCAAUCUCAAUUAUCUUCCUUUUGAUUCUGCUCUCCCUGUCUGUGUACAUAAUAUAAAACUUUACAAAUGUUGCAAUAGCUGCCAUUGCUUUUUUUCAUAGGAAAAUGCUUUGUCGAUUUAGCGUGAAGGACUGCUGCUGUUUCUAGUAGUAUUUAAUCAGAAACUGUAUUGUGGUUUGUGAAGGUCAACAUAGAUAGCAUCCUGAAUCAGCAUGAUUUUUAGCUUUCCACAGUGAGUGUGUAGUGCACAACUGAUGAUGAUGAAUACAGAAAUAAGAUUAUGUUUUGAUUAUACUGUGUGGAUAAAAAGUAUGUUAUAGGGAAUCUACUCAACAUAUACUGAUUUUGAAACAAAAUAAAGAACUGGGUAAUAUUUCAAGCACA